CACCUCUCUAAAUAACAAUUUCGAACAACCGCUGAUGCGCAUCAAUCAUACUCUACGUGCUCUCAGGUGCUCAGAUGCUCCUUACAUACGCUACGCAUCCCAUCAAAUACGUGCCUUCCGGACGACAUGCACGUUCUAUUCUGGCCACAGUAGGUGGUCCAAAAUAAAACACGACAAAGCUCAGACAGAUGCACGGAAGAGUAAAGCACGGCAGCCACUUAGUCGACUUAUAACUGCAGCCUCAAAAUUCUACGGCCCAGAUCCGACUUCGAACCUACAAUUGGCCAAUGCGAUCGCAGCGGCUAAGAAACAAGGCCUCCCGAAAGACUUCAUAGAAUCUGCGAUUGCGCGAGGUCAAGGAGUAUCGUCCAGCGGGAAACCCCUGACCUCAGUCGAUAUCGAGGCUCUAUUUCCUGGCGAUGUGGCCGUUAUUGUUGAGUGCGAAACAGACAAUAAAAACAGGACGGUGCAAGAUGUGAAAACGAUAAUCAAAGACCAUGGUGGUAGCAUAGCCUCUAUUUUAUACCUCUUCGAGAGGAAGGGUCGCAUCGAGUUCAAAAAGAGGCCUAAUCUCACGGAGGAGUACGUUCUGGAAGCUGCACUCGAAGCUGGUGCCCUAGACGUUGAGGAUGAGGCAGACUCCAUCGUCGUAUACACAGAAGCUACAGAAACCAAGGCGGUCGCAACAGCGUUAGCUGCGUCUCUGCAGGCUGAAGUAGAAUCUGUGGAGGUAUUGUGGACACCAAAGAGUGAUACGUUGGUGAACGCUACAAGAACAGCAUAUCAACUGCAGCAAUGGGAACAGUUCACAGAGAAAUUGAGUUACGAACAUGGUUUCCAACGACUGUACACUAACGAGCAAGAGCAGGUGACAGAUGCCUAAAAGGAAGCCCGCCAGUGAAUGCGGUUGAUUAAUGCAUUCAGCAAAAAGUGUAGAUAUAUACAGUACUGUACAUAGAGCCGCAGAAGUGCGGUCUACUCCCCGUUUGCCCUUUUCCCUGACAAAACCAUGAACGCCAAUGUUUCCCACUAUGCAGGACUAUUGUCAUUACAUUCGGAGGCGAAAUUCUUCAACUUGACUCCUGGUCUUGCGUGCGUAGACCUUGUGCUUCGGCUAGCUCUUUCGCCCUUGCUUCCUGCGCUAAUCGCUCGUCUCUGAUCUUGAGUCUCUUUGCUUUUAGUCUUGCGAGCUCCUUAUCUAUCUCCUCUCUCUCGAAGGGGAUCUUGUACGUUUGCUCUUGUGACGGCCAGAAGUUAUCGACUUUGAAACGUCCAUCAAGAUUGGUACCGAAAUAAUACAUGAUGCCGAUUGGGAAAGAUAUGUACAUGGCGAA